CCGAAACAGUCCAGUGCACACAGCCAAGCUGCACGCUGGCAAGCACCGAUGUCACCGAGAUACAUGCAGAUUCACUUUCUCGAGCCAAACAAAGUAUCACCUGAUCGUGUAGUCCAGCUCGAAGCCGAGGACGUGAGGCCAAAGAAGCUUGCCCCUUACCCCGCAUUGUAGCGAUGACGCCUUCGCUUCUUUGCUGACCUGGCUCCUCGCUUGAAUUUUCAUCGCUGCUGCUCGAGACCUCGCACAAAGUGGUCUUGCGAACAAAUCCUCAGCCAUGGCGAUAUUGGUCGCAUGCAGUGCGCUCCUUGUAGCAGGUCUGCUGGACAGCAAAGUCCUCGUCGGCGCUGCUCCUCUCAAUAUCACCGCCCUCGACAGCAUUUUAGGCACUGAGCCCGGAUGGUAUACCUACAAGUUCACCCACCAAUUUGACUUCCACUACGAAAAGGACGGACAUCCCGUCUACUUUGGCAUGCCGGCUGAGACCUUCACAUUCCGCGUCAAAGAGCCCAAGCGAGGUCCUCUGCAGUCCGAAUGGAUCGACAAACCAGAAGGGACAUGGCCCCUCAUCAGUCGAGAUUCAUCUCACCUCGCCAAGGUCGAGAUCCGGAAGGAGUUGCGAGCGCUCAUGACCGAGCCAGGUCAGCUGCAUGGUGACACGCCUGCCUCUGAUCCGGAGUUCCGUCGAUGCUGCAUCGGCACGUACUAUGCAACGUUCAACGUCAUGACCACAGAAUGGGACUCCUUCGACAGAGACAUUGCACAACUGACAAUGGACUGCAACAAUGUCUACACGCAAAGCGGACCGUUGUGCGAUACGACCUGGCUACCCCAUCACAAGAUGUUCUUCUCGACCAAUCCCUGGGAUGGCACCGAAGAUAUCGAUCUGAAGAUCGUCGUCACUAAUCCGCUCACGCCAAAGACAUCUUGAGACGCAUGCAGAUCAUCAUCUGGAAUGAAGCGCUAGGAACAUAGCGAGUACGGGCAGCCGUUGAAUGCAAAGCAUCCGAAAACCAGUUCGACGCGUGAACCUUUCGUU